CACGAGAUGUAUAAACAAUGUAAAUCUCCACCUUUAUAGCUCCUCCCCCACGUGGUCGGCUAUAAAUAUCAAAAGAGAAGCACUUCACAGCAGCUCUUUAAGUUCACCCCUUCCACUGUAUUCUACCAGCCAGCAAAAGAAAGAUGACGACACUGCGGCAGUUCCGAUGCGACGAUCUGUUCAAGUUCAACAAUGUGAACCUUGACCCCUUGACGGAGACGUACAACCUUGCCUUCUACCUAAUGUACCUCUCAAGGUGGCCAGAGUACUUCCAAGUGGCUGAGUCACCCACUGGCAAGAUAAUGGGCUAUGUUAUGGGCAAGUCAGAGGCCCGAAAUAACAAGUCCUCUGAUUGGCACGGUCAUGUGACUGCUAUCUCCGUGGGCGAGGAGCAUCGCCGCCUCGGAGUUGCCGGGAAGCUAAUGCAAUUUCUGGAGGAUGUUUCAGAGCGUAAAAAGUGCUAUUUCGUCGAUCUGUUUGUCCGGGUUUCAAACGUGGUUGCCGUGGCAAUGUACAAGAAGAUGGGCUAUGUGGUGUACCGAACCAUGUCAGAUUACUAUACUGGAAUGAGCAAUGAAGAUGCUUAUGACAUGAGAAGAGCUCUGAGUUGGGACGUCGAUAAGAUAUCGGAAAGAGAGCCAACUCAAGAGGAGAUAGCUGAGCUAGAGGACACUUGAGCACCCAUUACUGAAUCAAACAAUUCAUGCAUUUAUACUUAUAGAGUUUUGUAUACCGUACAAUAAUAUUAUAUUGAUGUCACUGUUAUUUUGGAUACUUUUGCUUCACUUGUAAGUCUUUGUACAUUGUAAUCUCUUGAAUGCCAUAACUGAAUUUCGUGGAUCCAACUUUAA